AUGAUAAGUCGCACUUUGAUAUGCUGUGCAUUUUUACUACUAAGAAAUUGCUGUGCUUCAAACACUAAUGCAAAACCUGAUCCCAGAGAUCAGGACGACUUUCCCUUCACCACUGUGGUUGACAUACUCUGGCAAAACGUAGAGUUUUCUACCUUUCUCAGAAAAAUUCAGAAGAAAGGGGACAUAGAUUACCUAAAUGAACUAGACAACUUCACCAUCAUGGUGCCGCUCAACUCGGCUUUCUCGAGUGGUGGUGAGACUUUGCAUACAGAUGAUUAUCUUCUGCACGACUAUGUAUUGCAUGUUCCAUCUUUGCAAACUGGGACGCAUGUACUGGUUACAAAUGAUAGCGUUCCACAUCUACUGGAGCUGGGGAAUGAUGGUGCCCUUUUCUUCAAUCGAAAACCUGCUUUCCAAGAGGAAAAUCAGCCGAACAUGCAAAAUGCUACAAUCUACAGCUUGAACUCUCUUCUACCGAAAGAGCAGUACUUUGGUGAUAUGGUCAGAGGCAUUUCUCAAAUCUCGCACUUCUCGCAGAUAAUAGAGAGCUUGCGAGAUUCAGAACUUGCGUCACUGUUUGACCAUAGGACUGUGUUGAUUCCAAAUAAUGCAGCAUUGCAACGAGAAUUUAACCCUGUGGAACUUGCAUAUUUAAUGAGUGGUGAUGAUAUUGUGGAUGAAGCACUUGGUUCUGGAAAUAUGAAAGAUGAAUACUUAGCGGACCGUCAGUACCUGCUAAAAAAGCUUUUGCUUGACGGGGUCUUCGGUGGCCUGAUGGAACAAAUAAAGGUUCGCAAUUUGGAAGGUGAAUUGCUUCUAUUAACAACACAAUCAGAUGGGUCUGAAAUAGCGGUUAACGACUCCGUGGCAACGGUUAGUAACUCAAUCUACAAGCCCGGUGUUGCGCACAUCUUUUCGGACCUGGAUUUCCUAUCUCAUGGUUUUCAUUUCACAGCGGAGAAGUACCUUAUAGGGCUAGGUGCUACUCACUUUGUUGAAGAAGUACACAUGAGAAAGCUUUCCCAUCUGAUAAAUGGACAGUUUGAUGAGCCAUUGGCCAUUUUCGUCCCCAUUGAAACAAGUUUCGAAACCCCUGGGUACUCAAAAAGUAGCCUGCUUUAUCACUUUGUGAAUACCGAAGUGAAUCUAACUGAGGAGGAAUAUAGUGUUACCUCCUCUAAGCUCUACGACUCAAUGUUCUGCUCGUCGAACAAACGUUUAGGUGGAAAAUGCCAACGGCUCGAAAUCGAAAUCAACAAUCAGAGCAGUAAUAUUGUGUUUACCGUCAACCAAAAGUACCGCGUGAAAAACAGCUCACCAUUCAAGAUUGGGAAUACCGCGAUUUACUUGUUGGAGCAAGAUAUCGUCCUCCCUGGUGAUUUUGCAACUGCUAUAAAUCCAUUUUGUGGCUGUUCAAAAUCUUUGGAGUUUUUGCAGGAGCUGAACCUCUUAGAUCUUCGGCCGAAUAACAGAGGUUAUACCGCUUUUCUUCCUUGCUUUAAAUCCUGGAAUAUGUUGGAAUUGAAUUUAGAGUAUCUGGAACAUAACGUUACUGCUUUGAAUUUGAUCAUGAAGAACUAUAUUUUGAAUGAUCUAAUAUACACCGACUCCCAGCCCCUUCUGUAUGAAACAUCGAAUCUCUACGACGAACUUGUUUCGGUGGAAUUCAAAUCUAGUGAACAAGACAGCGGCAUCGUGGAAUUAAACCUUAGUACUUUCAAUGAACCUAUCAAGCUAAGGAAAAGUCGUGACAACUUUUUUGACCAGGGCGUCAUCCAUCUCACAAAUGACAUUUACUACCCCAAAGACUUGAGCAUCAGUCUAAAGAACCUCAUGGAGACCACUGGUUCGUUUGACUUCAUGACAUAUUUGGAAAGUUUUGAGAGUCUCAAAGGGAUUUUUGAAAACAGCGGUGAAUUUUCGAUAUUGGUACCGACAGCCCUUUCCAUGCUACUUGAGGAUUUCGAUUUGAACUCGACUGAAUUGGAAAAUUUCUUAAAAUUGCACGUCAUUUUCUCUAAUACUACAGAUGCUCUUCUCGCUUGCAAGGGAAGUAUCAAAACUUUGUAUGGGAAAGACCUGAACUGCAGAGCAAGUUCGUCUAAUAUACACCUUCUGCACUUGGCAGGCGGCGCGGACAAAGAAGUACGAAUACUCAAAAAGGGUUGCUCGUCAUUCAGCGGUCAAUCAUGCGUGUUCGUCAUCGAUAGACCCAUUUCACUCGCGUGGAUUGAUAAAGAGCGGUACAAACUUAAACUUCCAGGAACGGCAUUUGCAAUGGGCGCCGUAAUCGGAAUUCUGUUUGUUUUGAGUUUGCUAGGUUGUGCUCUUGUUAUAUUCGGACACAAACAGGCCAAUACCAAUGACGGGGUCGAAAAUGGAACGGUAGCGGAGGACGGGCUUCUCCCAUCACAAAAGCACAAGCAGCGGAACGGAUAUUCAUCAACUAAUCGGGGCGGUUUCUUUGGCCAUCAUGCUGACCGUUGUAACAAGACAGCUUCUGCAACCGAGCCAUCAUCGUUUGCGAACCGAUAUUCUGCGAAUGCGUCCCGUGAACCCGUUACGAUCGAUCCCAACACCAACGCACAAAGGCCCUUCGGCUGA